GGAGCCGGGGCGGGAGGCGGCGCCGUGGAGGGGACCCGCGGCCCGGGCGAGAGCUCGCCAGCUCCGCCGCGAUGCCCCCGCGCCCAGGUCGUCUCCUCCCGCCGCUGGCCGGGCUGCCGGCCCUGGCCACGCUCCUGCUGCUGCUCGGCGCUCGCAGGGGUGCCCGGGCCCAGGAGGCGGAGGCGGACGGCGGGGCCGAGCAAGACCCGCACGCCAAGCACCUGUACACGGCCGACAUGUUCACGCACGGGAUCCAGAGCGCCGCGCACUUCGUCAUGUUCUUCGCGCCCUGGUGCGGACACUGCCAGCGGCUGCAGCCAACUUGGAAUGACCUGGGAGACAAAUAUAACAGCAUGGAGGACGCCAAGGUCUACGUAGCCAAAGUGGACUGCACGGCUGACUCGGACGUGUGCUCCGCGCAGGGUGUGCGAGGAUACCCCACCCUCAAGUUUUUUAAGCCUGGCCAAGAAGCAGUGAAGUACCAGGGUCCUAGAGACUUCGAGACGCUGGAGAGCUGGAUGCUGCAGACGCUGAACGAGGAGCCGGCCACACCAGCGCCAGAAGCAGAGCCACCCAGAGCCCCUGAGUUCAAGCAGGGCUUGUAUGAACUCUCAGCCAACAACUUUGAGCUGCAUGUUUCUCAAGGCAACCACUUUAUCAAGUUCUUCGCUCCGUGGUGUGGUCACUGCAAAGCUCUGGCUCCAACCUGGGAGCAGCUGGCUCUGGGCCUCGAACAUUCCGAAACUGUCAAGAUUGGCAAGGUUGACUGCACGCAGCAUUAUGGACUCUGCUCGGAGAACCAGGUCCGAGGCUAUCCCACUCUGCUCUGGUUUCGAGAUGGCAAGAAGGUGGAUCAGUACAAGGGAAAGCGGGACUUGGAGUCACUGAGGGACUAUGUGGAGUCACAGCUGCAGGGUCCAGAGGCGGCUCCGGAGACUGUUGAGCCUUCAGAGGUCCCCGUGCUGGCUGCCGAGCACACAGGUGACAAGGGCACUGUGUUGGCACUCUCCGAGAAGAACUUCGAGGACACUAUUGCACAAGGAAUAACCUUCAUCAAGUUCUAUGCUCCAUGGUGUGGCCACUGCAAGAAUCUGGCUCCUACCUGGGAAGAGCUCUCCAAAAAGGAAUUCCCUAGCUUGGCACAAGUCACCAUCGCAGAAGUAGACUGCACCGCUGAGCGGAACAUCUGCAGCAAGUACUCGGUACGAGGCUAUCCCACGUUGCUGCUUUUCCGAGGAGGUGAAAAAGUGGGUGAGCACAAUGGAGGUAGAGACCUUGACUCUUUGCACAGCUUUGUUCUGCGCCAGGCGAAGGAUGAACUAUAGAAACCCCCGUGCGUAACAGUGACGUCACACGGACACACGCGUCUCCACUGUGGUUAGUCAGAAAGCUGAAUGUAUCGAGCUGUGUAGCUCCCUGUGUGCUUCCCCAGCCACCACACACUGUGGACCUUAAGCUUCUCUAGUCAUAGCUCCGGGUCCCCGGGCCAAGCGAAUAUUUUCAGUGGCAAACCGUCCUCUAACCUUCUCUCGACUAGAUUAAAUUGGGUUCCUCUGCUACUGAAAUACAGUCAAGGAAAACCAAAAUGGCUGAGCUCUGUUGGCUCCUGGGGGAUGUAGGGAGCCUAUCAUCCAGAAGCAGUUUUGUUUUUUGUUUUUUAAUUGCCUGAGUUCUAGAAAGGUGGCCUAAGGCACUGUUGAUGUCCCCCUGAUCUGAGGUCACAAUUGACUCCAUAACAUGGAGGUCCAUAGUGUGGAGAUUUCUAUCCACAGAGCUUUGAAGACCCCUUCAUAGCCACUGUUGGGUUCCUGGUUGUUAAUGCUUCUCUAGUUGAGAGGUAAGCCAUAACAAGUGGUACUUCUGAUGUGUGCCCAGAAUAUUCAUGCUGUUCAAAGGAUCCUCUUGUCUGCUUUGCAUAGGGUGGGACACAUAGAUGCCUUCUGCAGAAAGUGAGAGGGUGGGUUCUCGCCAUUCUAUUUGCCUCCCCGGGCAAAAGCACCUGAUAGGCUUUCACAGGUCCAAGGACCAGGGAGACUCUUCGGCUCCACUCAGGCCUUCCUAGAAACAGCUUCUGAUUUUCUUCCUAAGUAGUCCCUUUUAGCAGCUUGCUCUAUGACGUCCACCUUCAAGGAGGCUGACCAUCCUUCUAAUAAUGUGUGAGCAGUGGGAUUCAUUUGACCUCAAGACCAAAGACUGCAUUCAGCAGGGCUGCCCUCGCCCAGGUAUCCCAGGCUUGGAUGGCACACUAGCUUCCUUCCAGUUCCUGCUGUCCCGGUUGGUAGACGCUGCUGCUCUCACCCCUGCAGAGAUGCAGCUGGGGCCACGCCUCUGUCUGUCUGUCACCAUUGAGCUACUUGUCCUCAGAACCACCUUGUGCCCAGACCCUUCACCCACCUCCCGUGAGCAGGGUGAAGUCAACCCCUGGCACAGAAUGUGUGGUAAGGAGACCGGAAACAAGGCCACGUCUACUUCCCGGGCAGCAGGAGCAGAGGCACCCGCCAGCCCCUGUUACAGACAUUCACUAUGAAUCAUGUGUGGGCCACAGCUGUCCUCGGCCCAGCUCUACCGGCCCAGCUCACAGUGGCUUCAGCUUUGCAUCAUGAGUCUUGUAUUAAAAGAAAACUCAAGUGGUACAAUUGGUUUAUACUUUCUAAAUAAACUUUUUUUUUUUAAAGAAAAAAAAAAAA